UGUCCAUAUCAUAAUCAUUUGUAAAAUCAAACCACAAAAUCUAACUUCCUCGCACACACACACACACACAAAAAAAAAAGAGAAGAAAAUGGGAUUAGUUGAAGAGACCUUUUCAAAAGAAGAGAAUAAUAUGGGAAAAAGAAUUGUGGUGGACAAAGCUUAUCUCUACGAAGAAGACAAACCACUCACAGUUUGCAAAACCUCUCUCUUCUCCACCGGCGAUGGUUUCGCCGCCUACGACUGUAACGGCGAUAUUAUCUUCAGGGUCGAUUCGUACGGACCCGAUACAAGAGAUAACGAUGAGUUUGUCCUCAUGAACGCCACCGGAAAGUGUCUCCUCACCGUUAAACGAAAGAGACCGACUCUGCAUCAGAGAUGGGAAGGUUUUCUCGGCGAGAGAUCGGAGGGUCAGAAACCGAUCUUCAGCGUCCGGAGAUCGUCGAUAAUCGGACGGUGUACGAUGGAAGUUGAUGUUUACGACGGAACCGGAGAAGAGUACACGAUCGAUGGAGACUUCUCGCUACGAAGCUGCCUCAUAUACGACACGGAGAAGCGAACUGUGGCUGAGAUCAAACGCAAAGUGGACGCGUCAACGAACGUCAUGCUUGGACGCGAUGUGUUCACUCUCGAGAUUAAACCCGGUUUCGACGGAGCUUUCGCGAUGGGUUUGGUCCUUGUGCUUGACCAGAUCAACGGUGAUGAUCCGGUUGAGAUUGGUGAUGAACAGGUGCACCCUUUUGUUGAGGAUUAGUCUCUCUCUCUUUCACCUCUAUUAAACGGUCAAAUCUAUGUUCCGGUUUAACGAAUCGAAUCUAAAAUCUUUGGGGUUUUUCCAAUCUUUGGAUUCGGAUAUUUGCGGCUGUUUCUGUAUCAUUAUGUGUAAAAAACAUAAAGUUGCUACGUUACAUGAUAAUAUAUAGUCUCUGUCUAGAAAUUUGAUUUGACUAUAAGUUGAU